AUGCAACAAGAAUAUCCCAAGGCCAGUGCUUGGUUGAAUGCUAGUAAAGAUCCAGUUAAGGGUAAUGACAAGAAAUUUGAAACAUUUUGGAAGGAAGUGACUGAUAACUUUAACAAGAAAGGGAAUGGGAAGCGAAGAAGGGAAAUAAACCAAUUGAAGGUUCACUGGUCACGCCUCAAGUCAUCAAUCACUGAUUUCAAUGACGCUUGGACUAAGGUAACUCAAAUGUAUACAAGCGGAUACUCGGAUGACAUGCUAGAGGAAGAGGCACAGAAAAUGUAUGAAACCAGAUUUGGAAAGCGCUUUUCGUUGGUGCAUUGGUGGAAGGUAUUAAAAGAGGAGCCCAAAUGGUGUGCUCAGUUUCAGGAAACAGAGAAAGAGAAGACUGAGAUAGUUGAUGUUCCAGAAGGACAAUGCCGUCCCAUCGGUAGAGAAGCAGCAAAGGCUGAGCGUAGUGGUCAGAUCAUAGAUGAUGUUCUCAAUGAAGCCACGCUUGUUAUACAAUCAACCAUCGAAGGUCUUCAGAAAGAGGCUUAUGACCAUCGAUCCCAUCCGAGGAAACACAUCAAACGGCCACGAGAGGAAGCACAUCAGAAACUAGUGACUGAUUAUUUCUCAGAAAAUCCUCUUUAUCCUUCAAAUAUUUUUCGCCGAAGAUUUCGUAUGUCUAGGCCACUUUUCCUACGCAUUGUUGAGGCCUUAGGCCAAUGGUCUAAUUAUUUUACACAAAGGGUGGAUGCUGUUAAUCGGCAAGGGCUGAGUCCACUACAAAAGUGUACUGCAGCUAUUCGCCAAUUGGCUACUGGUAGUGCUGCAGAUGAACUAGAUGAAUACUUGAAGAUUGGGGAGACUACUGCAAUGGAGGCGAUGAAGAAUUUUGUCAAAGGUGUUAGAGAUGUGUUUGGUGAAAGAUAUUUGAGGCGCCUCACUAUGGAAGAUCUUGAACGUCUCAUGAAACUUGGUGAGAGGCGAGGUGAUUGA